UCUAUCUUUGCUCGCCAAAUCGAAAGAAAGAGGAGACAUCGAAAGAAAGCGAGCAAUAUGGUGGAGAGGAAGACGAGGACAGUCUCCAUCGCCCUCCUCGUGGCCGACACGCCGCCGCCGAACGUGGUCGACAAGCGGGGCCGGUACCCUCAGAUCUACAAUGCGUGGCUGCAGAAGUCGCUAGCCUCGAUUCCUCGCCAUGGCUGGAUGGACAAGAUCGAAGUCGAGCUCACACCUUUCGACGUCGUCAACGAGGGCAAGUUUCCGGACGAAGGCAUGCUGCGAGACGGCCUCUUUGACGCAAUUAUGGUCACGGGAAGCGCCUCCUCAGCCUACCUCGACCUUCCGUGGGCUAAUCGGCUAGCUGAGUACAUCGCCAAUGUAAAGGAGAACCAUCCCCUCGUCCGCAUCAUUGGCAUCUGCUAUGGUCACCAGAUCGUCGCCCGUGCAUUGGGCGCCCACGUUGAGCUCAACGAAAAGGGCGGCUGGGAGGUCGGUUCGUAUGAGUGCGACCUCACCGAGGAGGGGCGUGAAAUGCUGGGAUACGGCGAGGAGGAAGCGGUGUUGCGCAUUCAGGAGUGUCACCGCGAUCAUGUCACAGAAGUGCCACGGGGAUGCGAGCUGCUCGCUUCCACGACAAAGUCGCCCAUCCAAGGUUUCGCCCUUCGCUACCCUACCGAGGCGCCCCCACUGCCUUCGACUGCCGGCACAUCCGAGUACACGGCCUUCGACAUCUCCGACUUUGGCACCGACUCCAGUGGACCCAUGCCGGCGAGGAGCGCGCAGGUCAUGACGCUGCAGGGACACCCUGAAUUCGACGAGGAGAUCGUCACGGCGCUGAUCUUUGCAAAGACCGAGAUGGGUGUCGUGACCGACGACUUCAAGGAUGAGGCGUUGGAAAGAGCCAGGAAGCCUCACGACGGCACUCGCAUCGGGGCUGCCUUCUUGGCCAUGCUGGGCGUAGAGCCGAGGAAGACGGACGUAGAGCUAUAGAUGCUGCUAGACAUUGUAGGGCUCAAAGUGCUAUUUCUGUGAAUCUGUACAUGUGUAUAUCAAUGGUAUCUCAAGAGGAACAUGUGCU